UGAGGGAAAGACGUUGUUUUAACACUGUCCAGUGCGGGCUACGGUCCAGAUAAGUUUCCACGUUAUUUAAGGUGAUUGUUGAUGUACUAAGGAUGGACUUAAAUAUGUUGCUUUCUAGCGAGUUCGCUAUCAAAAAAUAUUUUGUUGGAGCUGCCUUCGUAAUUGGAGGAGGACUGACAUUCGCAGCAGCAUACAACUACGCUUCAUCCCAGUGCGUAUUGUUUAACCAAUUGCCAAAUGAGGAAAACAAGUACGAAACGAAGAAAAUAUUAAACGAAUAUAUGAUGUUUCACUACGGUGAUCGAGAAACAAUCUGCAAGCAUGUUAGUGCUCCGUUGGAUGGUUAUGAUUUUCCAGUGAGAUGUGCACAGCUUUGUGUUAAGCAUUUCGACCGAUCUGCAUGCUCCAACGACAAAUGCCUGGAAAUUGGAUGUGCAGUCGGUCGUUCAACAUUUGAACUGGCGAGAACUUUCAAAAGGGCAGUUGGACUGGAUUACAGCCAUGCUUUCCUAGGAACCUGUGAAGUGCUUUCUAAAAUUAAACGCUUGGAAUACGAAGCUAUCGUGGAGGGCCACUUAACAACUAAGCAUGUUGCAGUUAUACCAACUGACAUCGACACUUCAAGAUGUUCAUUCAUGCGAGGAGAUGCCUGUAACUUACCAUCGACACUGGGCCAGUUCGGUUGUGUUCUUGCUGCAAACGUCAUUUGUAGGUUACCAGAUCCUACGAAGUUUAUUUUGCAUUUAAAAAAUAUUGUUGCCAAAGGAGGAAUUUGUGUUAUUACGAGUCCAUAUACAUUUCUUACCGUAUUUACGUCUAAGGAUAAAUGGCUCGGUGGAUUCACAGACUCUAAUGGGAAAGAAGUGAGAGCUUUUGACACUAUAAAAUCAUAUUUGUUGCCAGAUUUUGAGUUGAUUGAUUCUGAAGAAAUGCCAUAUAUAAUACGAGAAACUUUGAGAGAACAUCAGUGGGCAGUUGCACACGCCACAGUAUGGAAGCGUCGAUCAUCGAAGUACGAACAAGAAUAAUGUUACAAGUAAUAUAAUGCUACGUUGUCUCGUCAGCAUAACCCACAUAGGAAAAUUAUAUUUUAACAUAAGUUUGUUGGUGCAUUAAAAAAUAAGAUGAAUUUGAAGGAGAUUAUGCUUUUUCAAUUGAAAAAAGUUUCGAGAAUAUUUUUAUAGCUGUGAAUAAUAGGGUCAUAAAACUCCCAAUAAAUCUCAUUUGUCUUCGUUUGUCUUUGCCAACAUUUAACUACUAUUCAAUGUUAUUAAUGGCAUACAGCUUGCAAACGCAAUCCACGACAAAUAUAUACUUCAAAAUGUA